AUGGACGAUGUGCAUCGCCAGCAAUUCAGGUGCCUCUCCUAUGAGGAUGCUCAGGGCCCCCGAGAGGUCUGCAGACUGCUCCACCGUCUUUGCCGCCAGUGGCUGCAGCCGGAAAGGCGCACCAAGAAGGAGCUGCUGGACCUGGUGAUCCUGGAGCAGUUGCUGGCCGUCCUGCCCCCGGAGAUGGAGAGCUGGGGGCAGGAGCAAAUCGCACAGGAGCCUUGCCACGGAACAACCUUUCCCGGUGAUGCAAUGAAACUGGCAAUAUAUUCUUUGUCAUCUCUUUGUGACAAAUCAGCUCCUGUGAAGUCAGAUCAGGGUCCGGUGACCUUUGAGGAAGUGACUGUUCAUUUCACUGAAGAGGAGUGGACUCUUCUGGGUCCGGAUCAAAGAAGCCUUCACAGGGAAGUCAUGGAGGACAAUCGUCGGAAUGUGGCCUUUCUGAGGGAGAAACCCUAUAAAUGCCUGAACUGUGGAAAGAGCUUUUCUCAGAGAGCUAAUCUUACUACCCAUCGACGUAUCCACACAGGGGAGAAACCCUAUAAAUGCUUGGAGUGCGGAAAGAGCUUUGCUAAGAAUAAUGCUGCUCUUACUGCCCAUCGACGUAUCCACACAGGGGAGAAACCCUAUAAAUGCUUGGAGUGCGGAAAGAGCUUUUCUCAGAAUGCUGCUCUUACUGCCCAUCGACGAAUCCACACAGGGGAGAAACCUUAUAAAUGCUUGGAGUGUGGAAAGACCUUUGCUAAGAGUGCUACUCUUACUGCCCAUCGACUUAUCCACACAGGGGAGAAACCCUAUAAAUGCUUGGAGUGCGGAAAGAGCUUUUCUAAGAGUGCUAGUCUUAGUGCCCAUCAACGUAUCCACACAGGGGAGAAACCAUAUAAAUGCUUGGAGUGCGGAAAGACCUUUUGCAAGAGUUCUAGUCUUACUGCCCAUCAACAUAUCCACACAGGGGAGAAACCCUAUAAAUGCUUGGAGUGUGGAAAGACCUUUGCUAAGAAUGUAUACCUUACUGCCCAUCUCCGUAUCCACACAGGGGAGAAACCCUAUAAAUGCUUGGAUUGCGGAAAGAGCUUUUCUCAGAGUGCUACUCUUACUGCCCAUCUCCGUAUCCACACUGGGGAGAAACCCUAUAAAUGCUUGGAGUGCGGAAAAAGCUUUUCUCAGAGUGCUACUCUUACUGCCCAUCGACGUAUGCACACAGGGGAAAAACCCUAUAAAUGUUUGGAGUGCGGAAAGAGCUUUUCUAAGAGUGCUACUCUUACUGCCCAUCGACGUAUCCACACAGGGGAGAAACCCUAUAAAUGCCUGAAGUGUGGAAAGAGCUUUUCUCACAGUGCUACUCUUACUGCCCAUCAACGUAGCCACACAGGGGAGAAACCCUAUAAAUGCUUGGAUUGCGGAAAGAGCUUUUCUCACAGUGGUACUCUUACUGCCCAUCAACGUAACCACACAGGGGAGAAACCCUAUAAAUGCUUGGAGUGCGGAAAGAGCUUUUCUAAGAGUGCUACUCUUACUGCCCAUCAACGUAUCCACAGGGGAGAUACCAUAAAAAUGCUUGUAGUGCAGAAAGAUCUUUUGCAAGAGUGCUGCUCUUACUGCCCAUCAAUGUAUCCAUACUGA